AUGAAUCCCUCAACUUCCCAAAGUAGUUCUGACGCGUUUUACGACGUGCAAUUUGGAGACGUAAAGUUCCGUCUCUUGAAGAGGUACCAAAACGCAUGGCCUAUUGGAGCCGGCGCUCAGGGAUGCGUAAUGUAAGCUUUUUUGAUUGUUGUCGCUCAAAUCCUGCUUACAGUGGGGUGCCUGAUCCAGUGGCAAAAAAACAUACCAUUUUGCAUCCGGGAAGUAUCAAAAACACAGCAAAAUACCUCCCUCUCCAACUAAAAACACCUUUUUGAAGAGCGCGCCUUUUCCCUCACAAACAUUUGCGCUUUUGAAAUUGAGGUCUUUUCGCUUGGAGAGGGAGGUAUUUUGCUGUGUUUUUGAUACUUCCCGGAUGCAAAAUGAUACUUUUUUUCAACUCGACCAUUGAAAAAACUUUUACAAUGCUUUUAGACGUGCCGUCGACACUAUGACGUCUUGCAGGGUUGCCAUCAAGAAGUUGACUCGCCCCUUCAGCAACGACGUCAACGCUAAACGAGCGUAUCGUGAGUUCUCCGUCCUCAACUUGUCCAAUCAUCCAAAUGUAAGCCUAUUACUCAACACACAUGCCGGUUUCAUUUUAGAUUAUCAGACUGUUGAACGCCUACACGCCACAACAGACUUUGGACGCCUUCAGCGACGUUUAUUUGGUCAUGGAGCACAUGGACUUUACUUUGAAUCAAGUCAUUCAGCUGGAAUUGGACCACAAACAAAUCUCGUUUUUAUUAUGUCAGAUGUUGCGCGGGAUCAGUCAUCUGCAUAGAGCCGGGAUCGUUCAUCGAGUAAGUUCCACAACUACAGGAAGGUAAUACUUUCAGGACAUAAAGCCCAGUAACAUUGUUGUGAACGAGACCUGCGACCUCAAAAUCAUCGACUUCGGGCUGGCUCGAAACAUCGCAGACGCCGUUAUGUUGAGUCCGUAUGUGGUGACACGUUACUAUCGCGCACCCGAGAUCAUCCUCGGCAUUGGUUACAACGCCAACGUGGAUGUCUGGUCGAUUGGUUGCAUUUUUGCGGAAAUCAUUACGGGCCAAGUCUUAUUCCGCGGCCGGGACCCAAUCGAACAGUGGGCCAGAAUUGUAGAACUUGUGGGAACUCCGGGCCCAGAGUUCAUUGGAAGGAUGGUGGCCAACGCCAGAACUUAUGUUGAAUCUAGGCCACGACAUCAGGCAACUCCGUGGGAGACCCUGUUUCCGGAUAACUGCUUUCCGGAGCGGCAAUCUGGUAAGCAUGUCAAAACAUAAGAGUGAAGAUAGAAGUAUUCACGAGUCAUUUUCAAAAAGCACCCUAAAUUCGCUCACUUUUUGGCUCGCACGCGAUUCUUUCAUUUUGCUGACCGAAACGGCAAGCAAAUCUUUCGCGGCGAGCAAUUUUGUAAUUUUGCGUCCCGCGGCAAGCGAAAUUAUAAAAUUGCGUACGGAAAGACUUAAAGACCGGGCCGGCAGCCAAGUCUAGUUCCGCGUAUUCUCUGGGCAAAGAUCGUUCAGUAUCUCGGCCGAUCCUGAAAAGCACAAAGAAAAUCUGAGCGGAACUUGGAAGCCUGCUCUUGUUCCGUGACGGACCUGAUCCAGUGGCAAAAAACGUGCCAUUUUGCAUCUGGGAAGUAUCAAAAGCCCAGCAAAACACCCCCCUCUCCCCCACAAAAUAAGCGCGCGCGCUUUUGAAACCGAAUUCUCUACACUUGGGGAGGGAGGUAUUUUGCCGCAUUUUUGAUACUUUCCGGAUGCAAAAUGGCACGUUUUUUGGCGCACUGGAUCAAGUCCGCCACAAGAGAAGGCUUCCAAAUUCCGCUCAGACUUUCUUCUUGCUUUGCAGGAUCAGCCGAGAUACUGAUCGAAUUUUGUGGCCCAGAGAGUACGCGGAACGCGGGGAACGUCCAGAUAGAAAAACCCUUUUUGACCAUAUUUUUGUCAGUUUCGCACGAAAAAGAUCGAUUUUGCGCAUGAAAAGCAAAACUUGGCCAUAAAUACAUUUCUUCCAGAUAAGCUUUCCGCCGAAUGUGCACGCGACCUGCUCUCCAAGAUGCUUGUCAUCGAUUCACGCAACCGUUACACAAUCGAACAGGCCCUUCAACAUCCCUACGUGAACUGGAAGGAUGAGGAAUUUAACGCUUCAUCACAUCCGACAUACAAUUCGGAAAUCGAAGUGGGAGAGCGUUCUGUUAAUGAGUGGAAACGUAGGUCAAUCUUUCAGUGUUUAACACAAUGUUUAGGGCUGAUCUACGACCAGAUCAAGGAGUAUGAGCGAACACACGACAUUUUUGGUGGUCAAGGAAGUAACUUGGCCGGACAGCAGGAUGUCGGUAAUGACACAUUAUAG